GAAUCAAUUGUUAUAUAGUAUAUAAUUUAUAAUUAAAAUAUAAUAUGCUAUAGAUAUUACAUUAAAUAGAUUUGUUAUUGAAAAAUAAUCAUUGGUAAAUACGAAUUUAGUUUUCGUACUGCAAUGAAAUUUAUGUAUAUAUAAUACUAUUUCCAAGUUUACUAUUAAAAUCGGUACAGUUUUUCCUAUGUAAUUACUAAUACAUCAUAUACGACAUAUAUACCUACGUAUACAUAUGACACUUGGUGUAAAAGUGUCAAUGUAUGGAAGUAAAAUCUUAAUUGAAAUACACCAAGCCUAUUAACAAGAUGACAGCUAACUAUUAUUUCGCAAUCGUCGGGCAUACUGACAAUCCUCUAUUUGAAAUUGAAUUCAACAAUUCUGGGAAAGAUGCAAAGAAAGAAGAUUAUACUCAUUUAAACCAAUUUAUUGCACAUGCUGCCCUAGAUCUUGUAGAUGAACAUACUUGGAAAACAACAAAUAUGCAUUUGAAAGUUGUAGACAAAUUUAACCAAUGGUUCGUGAGUGCAUUUGUUACUGCAACUCACAUUCGAUUUGUCAUGGUACAUGACAGUAAAAAUGAAGAUGGUAUAAAAAAUUUCUUCAAUGAAAUGUAUGAAAUGUACAUAAAGUACUCAAUGAAUCCAUUCUAUAAAUUAAAUACGCCUAUUAAAUCCAUUGGCUUUGAAAAAAAGGCGCAAUUAUAUGGUAGAAAAUAUUUAUCUUCAUAAAUUGUUCAUUAUGUCAUAGUUGUUCCUUGUAUGUAUCCAUUACAUGAAAAAAAAAAUGGAAGAAGUGAUACACUUAAUAAAAUACCAUAGAAAUAA